GCCUGCUCCUCCUCGCAAGGGGUCUCUCCUGAUGGCGCGCCAGGGAUUGGCCAGCUUGGCUGCGCUUCCAUUGGCUGGCUGGCUGUUGCGCGGCGGCGGCGGCGGCUGUAGAAGUCGCGACGCGCGGCCAGUGGCCGGAGCAGAGAGCAGGGGACUGCGAGGGGCUGAGCUGGCCUUUUCGUGCUUCUCUGAGGUUAUGCCCUUUUAACCCCUCACGGAAGAGGCGUCCUGCCGCCCCGGAGAGGCUCCAUGGCUGCCGCGGGACUCAAGGCUGCAGGCGGCAGCGUGUGGAAGAGCGGCGGAGUCGGUCUCCAGCUGGUGGCCGCUGCUGCUUCCACUCACAGCUGCGCCUCCAAAGGCAGCGGAGACGGGCGCGCUGGCUGCAGCCAGCCGAGGGCCCACCAGCACCAGUCGGCGGGACACUCGCCGCCGCCGCCGCCGCCCUCCUUGAACGGCAAAGUCAAGAGAGCCGGGGACUCCAGCCAUGCAGCCACUGCCCCUUUGGGCAGCCCCGUCGAAGGGGUCGACACCAAGUCCUAUCUCUGGGCCAGGUACCACGAGAUGAAAAAGCUGGUUUACGAUCUCCUCCCACCGGGGGUCUGCAGUCUUCUUAACCCGGCGGCUAUUUAUGCAAAUAAUGAGAUCAGUCUGGGAGAUGUGGAGAUCUAUGGCUUUGAUUAUGAUUACACAUUAGCACAAUAUUCAAAUUUGUUACAUUCUAUGAUAUUCAACACUGCCAGAGACAUCUUAAUUGAACAGUUUAAGUACCCAGAAGGACUCAGAAAAUAUGAAUACAUUCCUGGAUUUGCCAUAAGAGGGCUUCACUAUGAUGUCCACAAGAGCCUUCUGAUGAAGAUUGACGCUUUCCACUAUGUUCAGUUGGGUACUGCAUAUCAAGGGCUGAAACCAGUGCCUGAUGAAGAGGUCAUUGAAAUGUAUGGCGGGACCCAGCAUAUUCCAUUAUACCAGAUGAGUGACUUUUACGGCAAGGGUCCAUCAAUUAAGCAGUUUAUGGACAUCUUCUCCCUUCCUGAAAUGACUCUGCUUUCAUCCGUGACUGACUAUUUCAUGACUCACAAUAUUGAGUAUGACCAAGUUCAUCUUUACAAGGAUAUAAGUGAUGCCAUUAAAGAUGUCCAUGUGAAAGGAAUGAUGUACAAAUGGAUUGAAAAGGACAUGGAAAAAUAUAUUCUUCAUGGAGAUGAAACUUAUGCUGUCCUAAAUCGACUGGUUAACCAUAACAAAAAACUAUUUCUUAUCACAAACAGUCCUUUUAGCUUUGUUGAUAAAGGAAUGAAGCACAUGGUUGGCAAGAACUGGCGAGACCUUUUCGACAUGGUCAUUGUUCAAGCAGAUAAGCCGAAUUUCUUCACUGAUAGACGCAAACCCUUCAGGAAAAUGGAUGAAAAAGGUUCACUGCACUGGGAUAAAAUAAGCAAACUGGAAAAGGGGAAAAUUUACAAACAGGGCAAUCUGUUUGAUUUUCUGCGGCUAACAGGCUGGCGUGGGUCCAAGGUCCUUUAUUUUGGUGACCAUUUGUACAGCGACCUUGCAGAUCUCAUGCUGCGGCAUGGUUGGAGGACAGGUGCCAUUGUUCCAGAACUUGAAACGGAAAUCCGAAUCAUUAAUACAGAACAAUAUAUGCACUCUUUGACUUGGCAGCAGGCUCUUACAGGGCUUUUGGAGAGAAUGCAGAUGUAUCAAGAUGCAGAAUCUAGGCAGGUGCUACUGGAAUGGAUGAAAGAACGACAGGAAAUUAGGUCACUUUCGAAGAAUCUUUUUAACCCCCAAUUUGGAAGCAUCUUUCGAACCUUCCACAACCCGACCUACUUUUCUCGAAGACUGAUCCGUUUCUCUGACAUCUACAUGGCAUCCAUCAGUUGCCUGCUGAACUAUGAUGUCAACUUCACCUUCUACCCCCGGCGCACUCCGCUGCAGCAUGAAGCUCCCCUCUGGAUGGACCAGCUCUGCACUGGUUGCAUGAAGACUCCAUUCUUGGAGGAAAUGGUGCACAUCCGGUGAAAGGAUGUGUAUGUCACACUGCUGCGAUACAGCUGUUGUAUAGGAAGGGCCCAGCAGCUUAGCCUUAGAUUGCAACCUGGUUACAGUGUGUGCCUAUUGCUGUCCUUUGCCUCCCAGCACUUCCUAAUAGAUACUCAAGAUGAACGAGUGAAAAGGCUGUGCAAAUUAUGUCUUAGAAAUGCUUCACUGAUAAGAAGUCCAAAGGUGAAUUAGGUUCCUGUGCACUGUCUCCAUAAAGUAGUUCCUUCUACAUAGAGAUUCUACCCAAGACGUUUGUGUAGAUCCAGAGUUUGUGCACUGUGUAGCCAUGAUCCGAUGAUAUUCUCAGAACUUGUUGAUACUAUAAAGCCCUAUUUGUCCAUGUCUCUACCCAGACUUUAGAUGUGACUUAGCUGUGAUUAUAUUGGCAAAUAGCUCUGGAUGUAUUCCUACUAAAAUGUGGACACAUUUAUAUUCUUAAGACCUAAGCCAGAAUUACUUUUGGUUCACUAGCACUGAGAUGCACUCUAAAUCCUUGGCAAAAGAACUUUAAUAACUGCCAGCAGCUCAGAAUGUGCUAGAUUAAGACUUGAUUAGGUUAUAAAUUCAAAGGUGCUAGCUUGUGUAUCUUUGCACAACUGAGCACAGUAUAAUAAACAACAUAUAGCCAAUUCAGUUUUAUGUACAAAUGUAGUGAUCAACAGAGCUUAUUGUGAGCAUGGCCCAGAAGGGCUAAACAAGCAAAGUAUCUCACCUGGUAGAUCAAUGACUGCUGCUGAGAGCACAGUGAGAUUUCACAAUAGGUAGUGUGCAUUUCUGCUAGAGCGUGGACUGGUCCACAUGUACCACUUGAUUACACUUUGACUUGUAGCACAAUGUGUGACCUGACCAUUGGAAAGCACUGUGUUUGUGGUAACAUCAGCUGAUGUGGUAGCUUUGUAAUGGCUCAACAAUGAACGUCGUUGCUGCACUCGUCACAUGAUGUGCAUGCAUGUUUCAAUCAGCCCUAUUAAAUAUACCAUCCCAUAUAUUUCUAAAAACUACUUUUCACCAUUGUAUAAGUGUAGCUUGAAUUUCAAACCUAUUUCUUAACUUGAGGUCAAAAUAUGGAAACAAAUGGUGUUUUAUUUAAGCAUCUGCUACUUUUUAGCCUGACACAAAUGAAGGAUGCAGUCUAUCACCAGUGUGCUGCAAAAGGUGGGUCUAGGGUUCAAUGGCUGAAGCCAUGGGUGCUUUCUCCUUUGUGUGAGAUGUAAACCUGGGUCUCUUUCACUGUGCAAUAGGUGGAGCUGCCAUUGAAAGACUACUCAGAAGAAGCAUCAGCUAAUACAAGUGGUGAGUUAUCAAGACCACUUCGGUUAACGUGUUACAGUGUUUGCACUUGUUCUGCAUAUAAAAAGCCUCAUGUUCAAGCUCUCUGUAUGUUUAGGAAUGUCCCAUCUAAAAUCCUGCAACUGGUCUGACUUGAUAGAAGGCCGUUUCCUAUAUACUGGUAAAGGCAAACGUUUUGGGCCGAAGCUAGUUUGGCGACACAUCUUUUCUAUAUUUCAUCAUAAUGGAGCCCCCUGACCCUCAACUUAAUACCCGUUUUUGUACCCAGCUACUGCAGAUCAGAAACAUACCAUUUAAUAGAACAUCUUUCCCUGGAAGACUCACCAAAGUCCAUUUGGGCUGGCUCUGAUAAGCGUUGCAGGAGUAUAAAUUAAAAGCUGGGCAGGGGACCUGUGUUUAUUUUUUUAAAUAUUGCAGUCUGAUUGAAUUCUAUAAUGGGUUUUGUCCUGGCUAAUUUAGGUAUGGCUAUAAAUAAAUAAAGCUGCUCCAAAUGAUUCCAGCACAGUUUUAAAAAAAUCUAUCAAGAACUAUUUUGUCUUACAAAUGGCAGUUCAAAACUGGAAUUAAGCUGAACUGUGCAUUGACAUGGUAAAUUGCAUUCUAACGAUGCCAAAGCAACCUUACUGUCAAGCUAUAGAAAUUGUUGUCACUGUAGUUGAUGCUUUAGGAGAUGUUUUGUUGCUGUUUCUCAUGUAUAUGGUACCAAAGUGAUGUUGUUUAAGACUAGGAUACUGGCCUUUGUGUACUGUAUCUUAUAUUUUACUCUUUUAGGGAAUUAUAUUAGAAUUCUACGUAUUAGUUAAACACACUGAGCCGGUUUAUAAAAUGUGGUUUGAUAAAUUAUUCUGUAGCUAUAAUAGGCUUAAGUUUAGUUGUGCAAAAAAUAAUAAUCACUUUAUCAUUCACAUCUUAAGUAAGGAAACAAACAUACCUUAAAAUGGCUUCUCUGAAGUUUUCUACUACAGUGAUGCCUCGGGUUACAUACGCUUCAGGUUACAUACGCUUCAGGUUACAGACUCCACUAACCCCGAAAUAGUACCUCGGGUUAAGAACUUUGUUUCAGGAUAAGAACAGAAAUCGCCCAGCAGCGGCAGUGGGAGGCCUCACUAGCUAAAGUGGUGCUUCAGGUUAAGAACAGUCUCAGGUUAAUUUGUUCUAGAGGUCUGUUCUUAAGUACUUAACCCGAGGUACCACUGUAUUUAAUGACAACUAUAGUUAUAUAGUCUGCAUGUGUCCUGCAAGCUAAUAUAUUAUGUAGGGCUGUUAUUUAUUUAUUGUUAUUUCUUCUCUUUUGACACGUUCUCAACUAUGUCAAGUCUCUCUUCAAACAUGAUGACUUUUAAAAACAGAUAAGGACUGUGUAGGCAAACACAUAACACUGUGGAAUGCCUACAGGGGUGUCAACCAGAAUAAAAUUUUUUUUGGGGGGGAGCCCUGCCCAACAUAGAAUUUCUGGAAAGGCUGGGCAUUCCCAUUCAAAGUGAAGGUAUAAAACUUGAUGUCACUUCAUUUCCUUAUUAAUGUUGCCUGCUUUAAAUGUGCCAAUUAACUUUAUACUGCACAGAAGAGAUAACAUGAAUAACUAACAUAACGAUUCCUGCAUCAUAAAGCCAUCUGUGACCUAGCUUUUGAACAUGAAAUAUAUUAAACAGCUAGUUUUCCUAAGUGAUAUAAUAUCAGUUUGGCUAGACGUUUAGGUGAAGGAAAUGAGCAUUUGAAUAAAAAGCUGUAAGAUUGAAAUGGCAGAGAAACCAAUUAACUUGCUAUACUGUUUCCAUGUAUUUACUGUAUUCCACAGAAAAAGUGAUACUGGAUUACUUGUCAGACAUUGUUCUAUCUAAAUUAUUCUAAGAAUUUUCUUGAAGCAUUUUUGAAACCCAACCUAAGGUUCUGUGUCAUAAGGUGCUCAAGUUAGCAUUAUCCUCAUUCUAUUACAAGUAGGCUACUUUGUAUAAUGCCAAAUGGCUCAGAACUUGAAGAACUGAAAUAAUGAUUUGGUCAAAUUUUGUCUGCGCUAGGUAAAAUAGUUUUGGCUCACAGGUCUGCUCACAAAGCAUCCUGUUGUCAGCUGCGUGCCUACUUCAUAACAAUCUGCACAAACAUUCAUUCUUCUUUCCCACACUACACAGAAUUUGUGGUUUGUUCUAAGUGACCUUGCAAGUGUAGAAUGUUUCCUUUGUUGGUUAUUUACUAUUUUUACAAAAAUAAAGUAUUGCAUCAUGGGAUAAUGA